GUGGGAGGGACUAGAGAGGUCAACUGCAGACCGGCCUGGGCUUCUAAGCUGUAGGUCUUUCCUCCCCCCCGCCCCACUCAGGAUACAGGGAAGACGAGCACGUGCUCUCUCCGAGCUGUAGGGACCCUUUCGGCAGCCGAGUGAGACCGCAGAGAACAGGUGGCUAGGAAGAGACCUUCACGUGCCUGCCGGAAGUCUCAGGUGCAUCCAUCCUCCUUGUUUUUAGAGACUUGGAGAGGAGUGAAAAAAAAAAAAAUCCCGGCCACGCCCAGAGGAGUCAGGACUUCUACUAGGAAGCCGACCACAUCGGACUGAUGGAGACCAAAAACACGCCCGGAGGACUGAAGAUGAAGCAGGCGAAAAGUCAUCUGCUAGAGGCUCUUGGAGGGAAACUGCCUUUAAGAUGAAAACAGCUACUGAAAAUUCUGUACCUCAGCCAUCUAGAACAAGGUUUCUCUAUGUAUCCCCGGCUGUCUUGGACGCGCUUUGUACACCAGGCUGGCCUCAAACUCAGAAAUUCACCUGCUUCUGGAGUGCAGCAAUUAAAGACGCGUGCCUUCACCGACUAGCUGAGUUCAUAAAUUUCUUAAACGUUUUAAUGUGUAAUUCCUGUUUCAUUAUCACAUGGCAGGUUAGGUAUGGAUGGCCUUGAUGACGAAUUCCUUGAAUGGUAAUAUUGUAGCUAUUUUAUGUGCUAUAUAGAUUUUUUUAAUAUUAAGGGAGAAACUAGUAUACUUUAAUGAAUAUAGCCAAUGAGGAAAGUCUUUGGAAAUCUCUUAUUUAUGCAAAAUACAGGCCUUUGAAAUAUUUCAGGAUAGUUUCAUCUACUCAGAAUCAGAAAUAACAGGGUUGGAAUUUAAAAUGGGAUGUGUGUGUGUGUAAAUCUAAUUUCAUUAUAAAUUUGUUGCAGUUUAUCGCCCAUAAAUGCACAACUAUAUGUGUGUACAAAAAAAGAAAAUGGGAGUAGAUUUGCAAAGAUUAUGAAUGUUUAAUUGAAGAGCUUCUUCCAUUGCUUUUAUUCCUGAGCAAGAUAGGGCGACUUUCUAAAAUCUUUGCAAGCACUGUAUCUUAGGAGAAAACACCGUAAGCCUAAAUGAAUACAAAACAACAGCAACAACAAAAAACAUAGGAAGCAUUAAUGGUUAAUGUGUGACGGGAAUGUGGUUGUCCUCCAAUGUCAAAUGAACCUAUGAGAAAAACUCACGUCCGUCUUGACUGGGAUUUAUAAAGUCACUCCGGGAGAGACAUAAUAAUACGGAGUUGGGAUGUGGAGUUCCCUGGACCCUCCAUUUAGAAUUCCUGCCAUGUUGCUUUCUACCGAAUAUAAAAGUCCAUGGUGAGAAAAUGGAGGAUUCCUUGGGAAUCUGAUCCUGAGACCAAAGUCACCUGACCUGGUGCCUAAAUUUGCAUUUCUCUGGGAGCUAAGUUCCAGAGUUCUCUGUUUUUUUACAAUCCCUCACUGAAGCAAAGGACUUGGGUGAGAAUACAGUCUUGGCUGAAUAAAGGGCAGAUUUGUUAAGCCUUCGUAGAGUGUCAAUGGAGUACUUAAAAACAAAUCAUAGCAAACAAAACUAGGUGCUACAGGCCUGUCUUAUGUCCCCCACCAGAAAAAAAUGAGGAGGCAGCUUUCUUUCCUGGAUCCUUCCUCUCACAACUCCCCCCCGCCCCCACAGCCUGUGAGUGGGAGUAGAAGGGACAGGGCUAAUCAGGUUUUCCAGAAUAAUACUGUGACCCAAAGAAAGUUGUUUUCCAAUACCCCGUGGUGUGAGUGUAUCUAGCAGUGAAGGAGGGUUGGCUGUUUGGCCCUGAGCAGACCUCCUUUAAUUUCAGAGUAGGAGCUUGAGACAAAGAUUGAAUCCAAGGAAAGAUAGUAAUGGGGAAGUGAGAGGGUGGUUGCAGGACUGAGGACAGAUGCCAAGUAGGUCAAUACUUGGAAGUCAUGUGGUCCAUAACCAGUGAAGUCAGGACAGACCCAAAGCACUCUGAUGGUUUGGGGGAGACUCUGGGUAUUUGUUUUCUAGCUCUGCUACUUGACCCAUAAGGUCAAGGUCCCAUAAGCUGGGACUUAGAUGUAGGAGGUAAGGUUGAAGCUGUGCUGGCGCCUCAACAGAUACUCAGAACUUAUGCUUCAUUAACACGAGUAAGAAGAGCUUAAAGAUAAGAAGUGUGUGCCAUUGUGCCACACCAAUGAAUUCCAUCGGCAGGGAUCAGAUUUACACAUUCAGAAGGCUCAGGGGCCUUUUCUAGGCCCAAGAGGUGAACAGAUACAGUGGCUAUGCAGCUAGUGGAAAGUGUUCUCCAAAGAGGCAUACUCUAGGGCACUGCUUCUCAACCUUCCUAAUGCUGCGAUCCUUUAAGACAGUUCCUCAUGUUGUGACGCCCAACAGGGACAGUAUUUUCAUUGCUGUUUCACAACUAGUUUCACUAUUAUGGAUCAUAACGUAGAUAGAUGUUUUCCAAUGGUCUUAGGUGACUCCUGUGCAAGGGUUGUUUGAUUGCCCCCCCUCCCGCCAAGGGGGUUGUGAUCCACAGGUUGAGAACUCUGGAGGGACACCUUCUCACCUCAGUUUGGAAGGGUUGAGAGUCUGCUCAUUUAACCCUGUUGUCAUUCUAGUAAUAAAAAUGAAACUCAUGAUACGCGGGACCUGUUGAUUCAGGUUAGCAGGUGCUCUCCAACUGCCCGCUUUCUUAGCAUUUUCUGAUGAAGAUUCCCCAUAGGUCUACCAAGAUAUCCUCGUAUGGGAAUUCCUAGGGGAGUUGGUCACAGCAUAGUAAGAAAAACCCAGUAUUUCGUGGGCUUCACUGUACAUGAACAUUUCCAUCUCUCUGUGCCAAUGUUGAUAGCUGACCGCGUUCAAUAGAGGAAGGAAUGUUAUUCUGCUAUAUUGCUCUAAUGUUUGCUCACCUCUUGAACUCUUGCUUACCCAGCAUGUUCCACCUCUGCUACUAAGUCUUCAUUCAUGUCUACAAGGACAAAGAAGUUACUGAGGAAAGUGAUGAUGGGCCUGGCUGUCCUUGAGGAUGCUCUUGAUUAAGUAGAGAAGUGAAGGAUGAACAAGGUGUCUCUGUCCUACUGGAAAUGCAGGAACCCUCUUGCAGGGACCACAGUCACAAGAGCAGUGUCUGAGGCGACCUCCAGGUUAGCAUGUGAGGACACGGACAGCAGCCAGGUCUUCAGACAGAGUCGACAAGAGUUGUACAUGGAGCAGGAAAACAGGAGGCGACCUCCAGGUUAGCAUGUUAGGACGGACAGCAGCCAGGUCUUCAGACAGAGUCGACAAGAGUUGUACAUGGAGCAGGAAAACAGGAGGCGACCUCCAGGUUAGCAUGUUAGGACGGACAGCAGCCAGGUCUUCAGACAGAGUCGACAAGAGUUGUACAUGGAGCAGGAAAACAGGAGGCGACCUCCAGGUUAGCAUGUUAGGACGGACAGCAGCCAGGUCUUCAGACAGAGUCGACAAGAGUUGUACAUGGAGCAGGAAAACAGGAGGCGACCUCCAGGUUAGCAUGUUAGGACGGACAGCAGCCAGGUCUUCAGACAGAGUCGACAAGAGUUGUACAUGGAGCAGGAAAACAGGAGGCGACCUCCAGGUUAGCAUGUUAGGACGGACAGCAGCCAGGUCUUCAGACAGAGUCGACAAGAGUUGUACAUGGAGCAGGAAAACAGGAGGCGACCUCCAGGUUAGCAUGUUAGGACGGACAGCAGCCAGGUCUUCAGACAGAGUCGACAAGAGUUGUACAUGGAGCAGGAAAACAGGAGGCGACCUCCAGGUUAGCAUGUUAGGACGGACAGCAGCCAGGUCUUCAGACAGAGUCGACAAGAGUUGUACAUGGAGCAGGAAAACAGGAGGCGACCUCCAGGUUAGCAUGUUAGGACGGACAGCAGCCAGGUCUUCAGACAGAGUCGACAAGAGUUGUACAUGGAGCAGGAAAACAGGAGGCGACCUCCAGGUUAGCAUGUUAGGACGGACAGCAGCCAGGUCUUCAGACAGAGUCGACAAGAGUUGUACAUGGAGCAGGAAAACAGGAGGCGACCUCCAGGUUAGCAUGUUAGGACGGACAGCAGCCAGGUCUUCAGACAGAGUCGACAAGAGUUGUACAUGGAGCAGGAAAACAGGAGGCGACCUCCAGGUUAGCAUGUUAGGACGGACAGCAGCCAGGUCUUCAGACAGAGUCGACAAGAGUUGUACAUGGAGCAGGAAAACAGGAGGCGACCUCCAGGUUAGCAUGUUAGGACGGACAGCAGCCAGAUUUUCACCUGGUUGACUCUAUUCUGGGUUCAGCUAUGGACUGCGAGCUGAAAUCUGGACUUGCUGGAAGCUGACAUGAUUGCUCCCUGUCUCUUCAGUUGGAUCAACUAACCAGAUGCUUCUGAGGACUGCUCCAUUGCCCAGCCUUUGAUUGGCAUUCCAGCCUUCCUAGCCCCUGAUGACAAUAUCCCUGCGGUCAGCAAUGAAGCAUAUUCAGAGUAAGAGCUCUUCAACCCCAUAUCCCACCUAACAGGCUAAAAUACUAAGUCAAAAGGGGCUACCUGACAUUGGCUAUUAUCUUGGGGAUCUGCUUAGCUGGAAUAGGAGCUAGUAUUGCAGCAACUGGACUAAAAAGCCUGGAGAGAUCCUAAAAAGAAAUAUUCCAGAGGAUGGUUAAAAUCCUGAUUUAAUAGUUCUCCUUGACGCCUGGAACCCCUACACAGAGGUAGCCUGUGGCAGUUCAGUGUCCAAGUGGCCUCCAUAGUAAUGGGAACAGGGACUGUCUCUGACAUGAACUGAUAGGCCUGCUCUUUGAUCACCUCCCCCUGAGUGGGGGAGCAAGCAGCCUUACCAGGAAGACAGUUCAGCCACUCCUGAACUGAGACCUGAUAGGCUAGGAUCAGAUGGAAGGGGAGGAGGCCCUCCCUUAUCAGUGGACUGGGAGAGGGACACGGGUCAGGGAGAGGGAGGGUGAGAUUGGGAGGGAGGUACAGGGGGGAUACGAAGUGAAUAAACUGUAAUUAAUAAAAAUAAAAAUAAUUUAAAAAUUAGUCCUUGACUUACUAGCCUUAUAUCCACUCUGAAGGGACCCUACUCAUUUUGGUUUUUAUCCUUGGGCCUUGUAUUUUAAGUUGCUUGAUGGCUUUCAUUAAGGAAUGUUUGGGAGCAAUACAGUAAUGGUACUCAGAUCCCAUUGUGGAAAGGUAAAUCUGUAGGACUCCAGGGGCCACAUCUGGUAGACCCAAGUUUGGGUCUUCAACUGAUCAUGGGAAGGGGGAAUGAGAGACCAAAAAGUUUAAAGCCCCAGCCACCUGGGAAAAGAAACUAGCUUAAUGCAAUCUUUCCAGGCCCACUAGUUUUAAAGUUGCUAGGAAACCGGUCCAUAUGAUCAGGCCAGAACUCUCUUUUGUAGUCUUGGCUCCAAAAGUGGACCAAUCAUUUUAGAAGUCAAUCUCCCUUACCCAAUCAUGUAACGCCAAAGCAUGUAAGUCCCUGCUUGUAGUUUUGCCCUAUAAAAACCUUGUUUCCCUAGACCUGGGGUCCGCAUUCCUCUCCUGUUUCCACAGGAAGUUUGUGUCCUGUGUUUGAACGAGUAUACAAUUAAAACACCUCAUGUAUUUACAGUGGAGUCUAUUCCUGGUCUUUGGGGGCUCAUGAACUGGGCACAGCAGGAAUAGUUUUGAUGGUAUUUUUACUUUUUGUCUUGUUUAUCAGAUGAAGCCAAACUGAGGCCUAAAUUUAGUAGAGGCCAUAGGACUCCUUACCUUCUGUUAUACAGGGUAUUUCCCAAUUCCUUGGUUUUCACUUUGUCCAAGUGCCUGGUUUUAUUUAAAGAUUUGGUGCGUUUCUUUGGUGAUGUUGUUGUUUUCAAGACAGGGAUUCUCUGUGCAGCCUUGACUGUGUUGUACUCACACUGUAGAUCAGGCUGACCUCAAAUUUGCAGAGAUCCGCCUGCCUGUGCCACCGCAAGUGCUGGGAUUACAGGAGGCAACACCGGGCCUGGCCUCUUCUUUACUUUGUAUACAAGAAA